AUGAGGCAGUAUAAAAUUGGCUGGUUUUUAUCUUGUAAGGCUAUGAAAAUGAAUUUACUUACUAUGUUUUUUGUAUUUAGUAACAUCUUCAAGAUCAACAAUAAUAAUGCCUCUAAGACUAGCAAAAGUAAUGCCUCCAAGAUUAGCAAAACUAAUGCCUCUAAGAUCAAUAAUAGGAAAGAUGGCUAUGAUGGUUCGACCUAUGACCCUUUAGAAGAUGAUGACUAUAACAUUGAUGAAGGCAGACCUUUAAACAAUCUUUCGAGAAAAAACUUAGAAAGAAAAGAGGAAAAUGAUAAUAAUAAUUAUAGGAAUCCUGCUGAAUGGCAGGAAAUGUUGGAUCAAAAUUAA